AAUAAAAAAUAGGUUUAAGAUGUACAGAUGCACAGUGAAUAAAUACGUAUAUAUUUUAUUAGGUUAGGAUCUGGUGUUUGCGACAAGAGUUUGUGUCUAUGUGGUUCAGUGUUUUAGCUAGCUUUUAUCUUACAACAAGUCGUUCAUUAUCAUGUGAAAAAGUUUUGUAACAGAACGAUAAGCAUUGCUAAAAGCCAACAUGUGAUGGUGAAAUCUUUUGCAUAUCAUGACAUGCGCAGUAAAUAGUUGGCGUUGAUUGGUUGCAAUAUAAACUUCACACGUGAUAGCUACCGCACGUGAUGUUUUACCAAUUAGAAAGCUAAGUAUGGUUACAACACCCAGAAUGCAUCGUGAGGGGGGAGUUUUUUGCAUAUUGUGACAUGCGCAGUAAAUAGUUGGCGUUGAUUGGUUGCCCUAUAGACUUGACACGUGAUAGCUACCGCACGUGAUGUUUUACCAAUUAGAAAGCUAAGUAUAGUUACAACACCCAGAAUGCAUUAGGAGAGGUGUACUUUUUUGCAUAUCGUGACAUGCGCACUGGAAUAGUUAGCGCUGAUUGGUAAAAAACCCACGUGCAAUAACAAUCACGUGGUUGUCUUGUACGGUAUCCAAUCAGCUGUCGAGUCAUGUGUAUAAAAGCCAGGCUUGCUAAGCGCGCUUUUAGUGUACGUUGGUGAUGCAAAAAGGGUUGACAUGGAAACAAAUGACGAUGGUCAGAAGGAAGGGCGUAUCACUGUUUUAUCAAGACGUCAAAGGGAGCUUCAGAAUCAGCAUGGUGCUGGCUCUAGCAGAAAUGAAGAGAUGCAUGACCAAGCAGGAACUUCACGCAAAAGACCAUUAUCACCUGUUACAAAACCACACAGUAAACGUACGGCGUCAGAAUCUGAGCUGAGUUCAGUUGAGGUGUCUGUAGGAGAAGGAAGCAUGGAUAUACCAAGUAGAGAAGAUGAAAGAGAAGACGAUAGACAUAGUGUUGAAGAGCAGAGUCUUGAUGAUGAUGAUGAUGAUAGCGGUGCUGAUCCUGGAUCAUUAUUCAAGAUUAGAGAAAUCCGUCAGAGGCGUGUACAGAAGUUCAACACCAACCAAGUAACCAUGACAGCAAUACCCAACUAUCAAGUAGACCUAUCAGAACAUGACACAAUUAUGCAGUUCUUGAACGGUAUGUUUGAAUCUAUGAUUCAUCAUGUAGAUAAAGAGCUAAAAGAUGAUGACAAAAUGCGACUUGUACUGAACUCAGACAGAUUAGAUCGUCCGGUCAGCACAAAAAUGGUGAACAGGUCAGAAAUGGAACCUGAGCUUCUUUUAGGCGAACUUGAACGUACUUUACAAUCUCACAAAGAUUUUGUAAUUGAUGACUCGUUUUUCGUGGACUUGCUUACGGUACAGUUUCCAGAGAAAGGAAGUGGACGUUGGAGGUUCUUUUGUAAUAUCGAAAAGUUUGUUCAGAACAAACAGUGCAUCAUUCAGAUCAAGAAUAGGGACGACCUCUGCUGCGGUAGAGCACUUGUCGUAGCCAUGAACUACUUGCAGAAAAACGACCCCAAUGUCAGAUGGAACAGCAUACGUCAAGGUUGUAAACUACAGACUGUUUUGGCGCAGGAAUUGUACCAAUCAGCAGAAGUACCACAAGGACCUUGUGGCUUACCAGAAAUUCAGAAAUUCCAGGAACAUCUAACGGAUUACCAGAUCAUUGUUGUGUCGGCCAAGGAAUUGAACGAAGUGGUGUUCAAGGGUCCACACCAUGAACAAAAAUUAAUCCUGUAUUAA